UUGCUCCGCUGUAUUCACACACGUCCGCCCUCUAUAAAAGACCUUGCGACCCUUAUCACCAGCUAGCUAGCUUAUAGUAGCGCUUGUAGUCUUUAAUUUUAUAUAUAUGAUCGAGCUGCAGAUGAGAAGCUGCACGCGAUGCCCCAGCAAGCAGUAUUAGUUGGGUUGACGGCGGGCAUGGUGGCGGCGGAGGGGAAGGCAGCUGGGAACAAGACGAUGAUGCAGAAGCAGCAGGCGAGCAGCUGCUGCUCGGACCGUGACCAGGACAUGGCGGACCUGGAGCUGGCGCUUGAGGCGGUUGUUCCGGUGAGCGUGCAGCGGCAGGACUCGCUGUACAGGGACGCGACGAGGGCGGGCGGCGGCGGGCAGCAGCAGCACGAAGGGUGGGCUCGGACUCUGAGGCUGGCCUUCCAGUGCGUGGGCGUCCUCUACGGCGACAUCGGGACGUCGCCGCUGUACGUCUACUCGAGCACCUUCGCCGGCGGCAUCCGGGACACCGACGACCUCCUGGGCGUGCUCUCCCUCAUCAUCUACAGCUUCCUCCUCUUCACCAUCAUCAAGUACGUCUACAUCGCGCUCAGAGCAAACGACGACGGGGACGGCGGCACGUUGGCGCUCUACUCGCUCAUCUCUCGCCACGCCAAGGUGAGCCUGGUGCCCAACCACCAGCCCGAGGACGAGCUGCAGACGACGGACGCCGCCGCCGCCGUGCUGGGCAAGCACGGGAGCGUGCGGCGCCGGACCGUGCAGCUGGCGGCGUCGCACGGGCGGGAGCAGCGGGCGGUGUGGGUGAAGGAGCUGCUAGAGACGAGCAAGCCCGUGCGCAUCUCCCUCUUCUUCCUGACCAUCGUGGCCACCGCCAUGGUCAUCAGCGACGCCUGCCUCACGCCCGCCAUCUCCGUCCUCUCCGCCGUAGGGGGGCUCAAGGAGAAAGCGCCAAACCUCACCACAGACCAGAUCGUGUGGAUCACUGUGGGCAUCCUGGUGCUUCUGUUCGCCGUGCAGCGCUUCGGCACCCACAAGGUGGGCUACCUGUUCGCCCCCGUCUCCUUGUGGCUGCUCCUCAUCGGCGGCGUGGGCGUGUACAACCUGCUCAGGCACGACGUCACCGUCCUCCGCGCCUUCAACCCCAAGUACAUCCUGGACUACUUCCGGCGCAACGGCAGGGACGCCUGGGUCUCCCUCGGCGGCGUCCUCCUCUGCUUCACCGGCACCGAGGCGCUGUUCGCCGACCUCGGCUACUUCAGCAUCCGCUCCAUCCAGCUCAGCUUCGGCUUCGGCCUCGUCCCCGCCGUGCUGCUCGCCUACAUCGGCCAGGCCGCCUUCCUCCGCCGGUACCCGGAGCAGGUGUCCAACGCCUUCUACCAGUCCACGCCCGAGUCCAUCUUCUGGCCCACCUUCGUGCUGGCGCUGGCGGCGUCGGUCAUCGGCAGCCAGGCCAUGAUCUCCUGCGCCUUCGCCACCAUCUCCCACUCGCAGGCGCUGGGCUGCUUCCCGAGGGUCAAGGUGCUCCACACGUCGCGCCAGUACCGGGGCCAGCUCUACAUCCCGGAGGUGAACUUGCUGCUCGCCCUCGUCGCCUGCGUCGUCACGCUCGCGUCCAAGACCACGGCCGUCAUCGCCGAGGCGCACGGCAUCUGCGUCGUCCUCGUCAUGCUCAUCACCACGCUGCUGCUCACCCUGGUCAUGCUCCUGGUGUGGCGCGUCAACGCCGCCUGCGUCGCGCUCUUCUUCGCCGUCUUCGCCGCCGCCGAGUCCGUCUACCUCUCCUCCGUGCUCUACCGGUUCGCGCACGGCGGGUACAUCCCCGUCGCCAUGUCCGCGGUGCUGGUGGCCGUCAUGGUGCUGUGGCACUACGUGCACGUGAAGCGGUACAAGUACGAGCUGGAGCGCACGGUGUCGCACGAGAGCGUGGUGCGGGACCUGCUGCCGCGCUGCCGCACCGUCCCCGGCGUCGGCCUCUUCUACACGGACCUGGUGCAGGGCAUCCCGCCCGUGUUCCCGCACCUGGUGGACAAGAUCCCGUCCAUCCACGCCGUCCUGCUCUUCGUCUCCGUCAAGCACCUGCCGGUGCCGCACGUGGACGCAACGGAGCGCUUCCUCUUCAGGCAGGUGGCAUCGUCGUCGGAGUCGGACACAGCUGCAGGCCCACGGGUGUUCCGGUGCGUGGCGCGCUACGGCUACCGGGACCUGCUGGAGGAGGCCAGUGACUUCGCGGGCAGCCUGGUGGAGCGCCUCCAGUACUACAUCCGCGACGUCAACCUCUACGGCGUGGAGCACCAGCAGCCGGGCGCCAAGGUGAGCUACCCGAGCUCGCGCUGCGACAGCAUGAUAUUGAUGGCGCGGCAGAGGUCGUCGGUCAUGAUGCUGCGGCAGUCGUCGGCGGCAUCCUACUACUCGUCGUACGCAGCGGCAGCGGAGACCCAGCAGCUGCAGCUGGCGAGGGCCAGGUCCACGUCCGGGGCGGGGGGCAUCCUCCUCCACUCGGCGUCGGAGAGGGCCGAGCAGCUGGCCCGCGCCAGGUCCACGGGCAUCUUCGCGGAGGAGAUGCUGACGCCGGCGGAGUCGUUCUCGGAGCUGUCGAGGAUGGGGAGCAUCGGCGGCGGAGGAAUGCAGGCGGUGAAGAUCAGCCUGGAGGAGAUGGCGCGGAUCGAGGAGGAGCAGCGGUUUAUCGAGCGGGAGAUGGAAAAGGGGGUGGUGUACAUCCUCGGGGAGAGCGAGGUGGUGGCGCGGCCCCACUCGUCGCUGCUCAAGAAGCUGCUCGUCAACUACGCCUACGCCUUCCUGCGGAACAACUGCCGGCAGGGGGAGAAGAUGCUCGCCAUCCCCAAGUCGCAGCUGCUCAAGGUCGGCAUGUCCUACGAGAUCUGAUCUGAUCUGAUUCUGAUGGCGCGCGCGUCACCGAUCGAUCUCCCAGCUCCAUCAUGCCGUCGUCCUCAUUAUAUAUAUAUGACCCAGACUCCAUAUAGUAUAGUACACUACUAGUCUUCAGACAGAUUUGAUUUCGUAUGCUUUCUCUGCAGUGAUGCUACUAGCUACCUAGCUAGCUAGUACAAUUAAUUGUGGCACACUUGUUAGCUGCUGCAGUAGCAUAAUUAUUAAGUAAUUUGCUUCUCAUCUACUCUACUCUACUCUACUCUACUCUUCCAGCAGUUCAUGGAUGAGGGACAUAUCUGGUGCACAUAGAAGACUGGUGCACAUGGUGCAUAUAUUAAAUCAUCACCACUUAUUUUA